AUGGCCACCUACGCUACCCGACUUCAAAACGUUCUUGGGCCAGUUGUUGAGAGGGCUCGACGGUGGUCGCAGUCGUCGGCCGCUGAGGAGCGUCCUGCACCUCCUAUUCCAGCCCUCUCAGAUGAGGAUCACGAUUUCUCAGCCGCAGAAUCAGCCAUCGCGACACCACUCCAUUCCCCUCGUGCCUUAGAGCCAGUUUUCGAAUCUUUCGAUGCAGACCCGGAAGACGGAGCUUCCGAGCAGGCAUUAGCAAUCGGUGAUCCUUCUUCAAGGUACCGGCCCCCCAUGUCAGGUCAAUCAAACGAAUUCGCGAAUCGGACCCCCGAAUCACCACCGUCAACAUGGAGGUCGCCAAUAUCUUUCUCGGACUUACCUACUACCUUAUCCCCGACCUCGGAAGACAAUUCGGCAUUACAGAACCCCGCGAAAUCUGCGCUCCCGGAAGAGGAUGGACAGAAGUUUUUGCGCCAAAAGCUUGUCGAGAUCUCAAGCUGA